CCCCCGCCGGCCGGUCCCCAUAAAAGCGCGCGUUCCGGCCGCUCCGGGAGACCAGGCUUCCAGCCCCGGCGGCCCGGCGCGUCGGGAGGGUCCGGCGCCCGGAGUCGGGGCGGGACGGAGAGGGGGCGGUCGUCCCGCUGACGGGCCGCGGGUGGCGAGCGGCGAGCGGUCCCGGCUUCGGCUUAGGUUUCGCUUUCCCGGCGCGCGGUUUCGCUUUCCCGGCGCCCGGAGCGCGCCCCAGCCCGCGGCCGCCCCCGCGGUGUCUCCGAAGGGGGCCCCGACGGCGCCCUCCCGCCCAGGACUGGGCGCCGACUCCACGCCCGGGACCCCCGGCGCCCGCGCAGCCCCCCGGCAGCCCCGCGCUGUGCUCAUCCCCGCGCCACCGCCGCCCAGAGCCCGCACCUCGGCAACGUCGUGGCCCGCGGCCCUCCGCCGCGUCUGGGGUCCCCGCACGUGGAGCGCCUGCGCCGCACCGUCCGUGGGCACCCGCGAACCACGCUUCCCGGCUGCGGCCGUGACCGCCCCUCCCGGCGGAGGCCCCCCGCGCCCCCGCGCCCCCCGCGUCGGUCCCGCGCAGCGAGCGAUGGCCGCGGCCGCUGACAGGAGGCCCCCGCGCCUGCUCUUCGGAGACUGGCUCCUGGGGGAGGUCAGCAGCGGCCGCUACGAGGGUCUGCGGUGGCUGGACGCGGCCCGCACGCGCUUCCGCGUGCCCUGGAAGCACUUCUCGCGGAAGGACCUGGGGGAGGCGGACUCGCGCAUCUUCAAGGCCUGGGCGGUGGCCCGCGGCAGGUGGCCGCCCAGCAGCAGCGAAGGCAGGGGCGGGGGUGACCAGCUGGCCCUGGAGGGCGCGCUCCGGGCCGUCUGGAAAACCAACUUCCGCUGUGCGCUGCACAGCACCCAGCGGUUCGUGAUGCUGCAGGACAACUCAGGGGACCCCGCUGACCCGCACAAAGUGUACGCGCUCAGCUUCGAGCCUGCGGAGACAGGUGCGGGCACUCAGCAGGGGGAGGUGGCCCUUGAAGACGCCCUGCCCUUAAUGGGUGAGCUCCCAGGGCCAUGCCUGGCAGGAGACGCUGCUGAGAGGCCAGGGCUUGGACUGAGCCCUGAGCUUGGCGCCCCAAGCCACCCUUUUGGCGCAGCCGACAGUGCUGGGGACCUCUUGCUCCAGGCUCUGGAGCAGAGCUGCCUGGAGGCCCACCUGCUGGAAGCUGCAUGGGUGGGGGACCCGGUGCCCCCAGAGGCUCCCGGCCUGGAGCUCCUAAACACGGAGCCUUCUCUGCCAAGGGCAGGACACACGGUCCCUGUGCACCAGGCGCAGGAGACAGAUGCAGGCCUGGCCCCGGUCCUGGAGCCCUGGCAGCCUCCACCAGAGGUGGAGCCUUGCCCCGGGGUGGCUGCUGAGCCUGGAUCGCACCCAGAGCCCAGCCUGAGGGCCCUGGAUGUGACCAUCAUGUACAAGGGCCGCACAGUGCUGCAGGAGGUGGUGUGGCGUCCAAGCUUCGUGUUCCUUUACGGAUCCCCAAGCCCAGCCACCACAGCCACUGAGCCCCAGCAUGUGGCCUUCCCGAGCCCGGCCGAGCUCCCUGACCAGAAGCAGAUGCACUACACCGAGAAGCUGCUGCAGCACGUGGCCCCGGGACUGCAGCUGGAGCUCCGGGGCUGUAGGCUGUGGGCCCGGCGCCUGGGCAAAUGCAAGGUCUACUGGGAGGUGGGAGGGCCCCUGGGCUCUGCCAGCCCCUCCACACCCCCCCGCCUGCUGCAAAGGAACCAAGACACCCCCAUCUUCGACUUCAGCACCUUCUUCCGAGAGAUGAUGGAGUUCCGGGCUCGCCGGCGUCCGGGCUCCCCGCACUACACCAUCUACCUGGGUUUCGGGCAGGACCUGUCAGCUGGGAGGCCCAAGGAGAAGAGCCUGGUGCUGGUGAAGCUGGAGCCGUGGCUGUGCCGGGCGCACCUGGAGUGCGUGCAGAGAGAAGGGGUGUCCUCCCUGGACAGCAGCAGCCUUGGCCUCUGCCUGUCCAGCUCCAACAGCCUCUACGAGGACCUGGAGCGCUUCCUCAUGGAGGUGCAGCAGCCUGCCUGAGGGCCGGCCCGUCUCCAAGCCAAGAAAAAGGCCUCAAGAGUCAGUGCUGGUGUCCUGUGCAGGGGUGGGCUCGGGCUCAGAAGGGGCAGCAGACUUCCGGGAGCCCCCAACACCUACAGGCCCAGGACGCGAGGCGACCACCCUGCCCCUGCCCGCCCUCCUCCGUCUUCACCAUGAAAAAACAGGCCACACGCUUUAGAGCCAACAAACUCUACUCAAAGAAUACAAAACGCCCCGGGGACAGGAGGUAUCUGCCCCUGCAGGUGCUGGGGAGGGGGCACCACGAAUGGUCGACUCUGUGCUGUGUGCAGCCCCCGCCCCGCCGGCUUCCAGACCCACCGACACCGCGCUCUGCUGGUGGGAGGCAGCGAAGACGGGCGUCACUUACGGAGCUAGCAGGGGCUGCGCACGGCCUCCCCUUGUUCCUCCAGAGAAUACAAUCAGGCCAUCCGGGAGGGGUCAAGGAGCUCCUUCCACCCGCCAGGCCCCUCCUGAUACCAAAGCCUUGGACUUUCAAGUACUGAGUCAAUCAAGAAGUUUCUAAAGAUAAUCCAUUUUUGAUAAAUUA